UCAUAGACUCGAUCCUUUUUAGCUGACGCCACGUUGAGUAGGAUUGGCCAAACUCGAGGGCGAAUGCGAGGAGGAAUCCCCUUGAAAACUCGUCGAAUUAGCUCCUCAUUUGGUUUGCCUUUGUAGAAGGAGUCAAAUCCAUUAUUCUGAAUAAAUUUCAUCCAUUUAUCAACACGUUUGACAUCCUUUUUGCGAUACUUGUGUUCAACUUCCUGUUCUCUGUGAGUGAGUCCGUCCGGAUGAUAAAAUCCAAAAUAAUCCAAGAGAGCAAAAUUAUUUUGAGCCUCCUGUUCAUCAAAAUGCGUUGCGAGAUUAGUGUGGCUCUUGCUGAGAUUGUAUUUGUCAAUAAUCCGUUUAGUAGAAUUAGAAGCUUUUAG